AUGGCGAAACUGAUCGGCUUCCUGGGCAGGUCGGUCCUUGUUGACUGGGGCGUCCUGGUGGCAGAGGGCAUCACCGUGCUGCUGGUGCCGCUCUUUUCCAGUCCCACAUUGCGCGGGUUUUCCUGCUCGGACAGCUCAAUCCGCCUACCCUACCUAGGAGAUACAAUUCCGACAUGGGCACUCGGUGUUGGAUUCAUCGUUGGAGGCCUCGCCUUGAUGGUUUUACUCGAAAUUUUUCUUUCAACCCCUGGUCCGAGUGGCGUUCUCUGCCGAGGUCGCGCCUUGCCAGUGUGGCUGGUCCAACUGUACUCGGUCAUAACCGCAUUCCUUUGUGGCGCGGGAUUCAGCCAAAUAACCACGGACAUCGCCAAAUACCACGUGGGAGCCCUGCGACCGCACUUCUACCAGCUAUGCGAUCCUGGUAACUUGUGCGAGAGUGUCACGGAUCCGUUCAAGUAUUUCUACCCUGGGGAUGGCUUUGAAAAUUACCAAUGCAAAGGAUGGGACUUACAUCGAAUCAAAGAGGCCCGCUUAUCUUUUCCUUCUGGACACGCCAGUUUGUCCUUUUACGUUUCAACAUAUCUUAUUUUCUACUUCCACAGUAGAUUAAGGGACUGCAAAACGCAGAGAGCAUUAGCGUGCUUCAUCGUCAGGCCGUUCAUCCAAGGGUUGGCUCUUUUGGCCGCGUGGUUCACUGCCGUGUCGAGGGUCAUGGACAACAUGCACCACUGGCGAGAUGUCACCGCCGGAGGCCUCAUAGGAAUAACGGCCGCCGUUUUGAUAGUUCAAAGUUUAAAACCAUUCAAAGAUGUGCGUUGUCUGAAACCAAAUGAGGAGUCACCGCUGCGGCACCUGCAGGCAGGUCGGACGGGUCUGAACGACAUUGAGAGCAAUUCAAAUUGACUGGGAAAAUAAAAGUGUCAAAAACAUUAAUUACCGCUCAACUUAACUGUGAAUAUUCGUUGAAAACGAUUGUUUACUUUGACAAUUUAUAAAAAAAAAUCGCGCAUAUUUAGGAAUGUACAGUGCGUUUGGUUUUUGAAUAAUUACAUAUAUUAAAUAUUUGUCAGAGAAGAGAGAAAAUAAAUCAACACUGUUUAGGAUGAUAUUUUUUGCAAACAAGAGAAGCUAAAGUUAUGAGAUGUAGCAGCGUGACCAACAAUAUACGAUUUAUUAAAUAUUUGUUGCGUUUUGGAAUUAAUUAAUUUAUUGAAAUUUUGGCAUUGUUAUUUUCACUUAAAGAUUGUUUAAAAAUUAUCUUAGCUGUGAUUGGGCUUUAAAAUCAUAAUAGCAGAAAAUUAUAAUUAGCAUGAAAAUCUAUUUCUAGCUGCGUGCUUUCCUGAGGCAAGAUAAAAAAAGCAAUAAUUUAUUAAUAAUAACAAUAAAAGCUGAUAUAAUAUAUUAAAAAUAAAGCUGCGUGCUGUAAUUAAAUUGCAUUUCAGAGAAAUAAUUUAGUUUUUAGCUAUAAUUCAGUCAAGAUGGAGGCAACAGGGCACAAUUAAUUUCACCACAAGAUAGCGAAAUAUGAAUAUCUGAGAGUUUUGAAGUAUAUAUUCAUUUUAGUAUCUCAAGUGCGUGUUAAAAAAAGACGAAAAAUUUUAUGAUAGUAAUGUAUAU